AUGGUCGUCAACAUCAACCAAAACUCGACCAGCUUCGACGAGACGCUGAAUGUGCUCAGGUUCUCUGCCCUAGCUCAGAAGGUGGUGGUGCUCAGUGCCCCGGCUCCUUGGGACAGCGCCCCCCACAGGCCGGCCAUGGAACUGGCUCUGAUCAUUGACGAAGUGGUGGUGCUCAGUUCCCCGGCUCCUCGGGACAGCGCCCCCCACAGGCCGGCCAUGGAACUGGCUCUGAUCAUUGACGAAGUUGAAGCUCGACGCUUCAGAGGGAGGAAGAGUAGUCUAGGCUGGGAGCAGAGUCUGACAGACCUGAAGGAGGAGGAAGAGGGGGAGGAGGAGGAGGAGCAGAUGGAGGAGACUGUUCUAGAGGCAGCUGCAGACGACACAGUAGAGGACGGACAGACUCUGGAGCAGCGCCUGCUGCAGAUAACCAAGCUCUCAGAACUGAACCAACAGAAAAACCGUGUAAUCGAGAAACUCACCUCCACUUUGAACCAGACCAUUGAGGACGCAACCAGAGAGCGUUCUGUGAUGGAAUCUGUUCGAACCGAACUGAAGGAGGCAAGGGACCAAGGAGAGGAGGCAAGGGACCAGGGAGAGGAGGCAAGGGACCAGGGAGAGGAGGCAAGGGACCAGGGAGAGGAGGCAAGGGACCAGGGAGAGGAGGCAAGGAAACGACCAAGGAACUCCAGUGACAAAGAAACGGCACCAGCCAAAAGGAGAGCGGUGCUGGAGGAGGAGGUCUGGAGACUUCAUGAGGAGAAUGAUAAGAAGGAACAAACCAUCUGUGAACUGAACCAGACCAUCUGUAGACUAGAGAAGCAGCUACAGAAGAAGGAGGAGGAGCUACAGAAGAGGAAGGAGGAUCUACAGAAGAAGCAGGAGGAGCUACAGAUGAAGGAGAAGGAGAAGAAGGAGGAGCUACAGAAGAAGCAGGAGGAGCUACAGAAAGUGUCUCCUAUCUCCGACGAGGCUCAGCUGCUUCAGAGCUUCAUCUCCUGA